AUGGAAGAUCAAGACAAACUACCAUCUAAAGAUGAUAAAAGUUUUGAUGGCCCAAGAGUGUUAUAUGGAGAAGAGGAAGAAAGCGUAGAAAUGGAAGAGGCUAUCAAGGAGGAAGAAGAAAUUGAGAAAGAUGUCAAUGAAACUAUAGAAUGGGAUGCUAGAGGUAAAGGUGGUUUUACUACAAUACAAAAAUAUACGGCCGCUCUUAGACAAUUGGGAUAUGGCAUAGCCAUAGACGCCUCUGAUGAGUAUUUGAAAAUGUUUGAGAGGACGGGUCGAGACUGUACAUAUAUUUUCUAUGAGUAUGUUAUAGAGCUUUAUCGUGACAUAUACUUGCAGCAUCCGACUAAAAGUGAUGUCGAACAGUUGUAUGUCGCGCAUCAAGCUAAACAUGGUUUUGCAGGGAUGCUUGGUAGUAUUGAUUAUACACAUUGGGAGUGGGCAAAUUGUCCCAAUGCAUGGCGUGGUCAAUUCACGCGAGGUGAUCAUGGGGUCCCGACUAUUAUAUUAGAGGCAGUUGUUUCACAUGACCUAUGA